CAAGUUCCUCUUUUACGGUGCCGGCGCUGAGUCAGCUCCUCCCGCACCCUAUAACCCAUUAAACUCCGCUUAACGGGCGAUCGGCACCUCAGCACCCGGCGGGACACCCAAAAAACACCCCCCAGCUCCCCCCAACCCCCGCCAGGCUCCCCGUGUCCCCCAACCCAGCAGCGAACCGGGGCUCUCCCCCAGCAGCGCCCCCCGCCAGCCGGGGGACCCCUCAUGGGGGGGGGACACAAAGGUGGGGUCGGACCCCCACCCCCCGAGAUCUGCCCCGUCAUGCUGACUGCGGGGCCAUGUGACAAACAGGGACAAGGGCCAAGGCCACCGCGCCCCUUCCGGAGGGGACAGAGUGGGGGGGGUCGCCUCUUAUCCCCGCCCCGCGGGCCGGGCUAUAAAAGCCCCUGCCGGGUUUCCAGCCGCCACAGCCGUGUUCUCGCUUCAACAGUGCUUGAACGGAACCGGCUGCUCUCGGCCCUUUGUCCAUCCCGGCCGUCCAUCCGCCCGUCCAUCUGUCCAUCCGUCUGUCCGUCCGUCCGUCCCGCCAUGGACUCCCAGAUCCGCCAGAACUAUCACCGCGACUGCGAAGCCGCCGUCAACCGCAUGGCCAACAUGGAGCUCCACGCCUCCUACGUCUACCUCUCCAUGGGGUUUUACUUCGAGAGGGACGACGUGGCGCUGCCGCGGCUGGCUCGCUUUUUCCUGGAGCAGUCGCGGGAGGAGCGGGAUCACGCCCAGGAGCUGCUGCGCUUCCAGACGCGCCGCGGGGGCCGCGUCCUGCUGCAGGACAUCAAGAAGCCGGAGCGGGACACCUGGGGCUCGGCGCUGGAGGCGGUGGAAGCGGCGCUGCAGCUGGAGCGCUCGGUGAACCAGGCGCUGCUGGACCUGCACGGGCUGGCUGCCCAGAACGGGGACCCGCACCUCUGUGACUUCCUGGAGUCGCACUACCUGGAUGAGCAGGUGAAGGCCAUCAAGGCGCUGGGGGACCACGCCACCAACCUGCGGCGCCUCUCGGGGGGAGCCGCUGGCCCCGGGGGCAGCUCGGCUGGCCUCGGCGAGUACCUGUUCGACCGGCUGAGCCUGGAGGAGCGCAGCUGAGCCGGCCCCGCGCCGCGGGGCAGGACCCUCCUGGUCCCCAUGGUCCCGGCCCCCAGACCCUCCUGGUCCCCAUGGUCCUGGCCCCCGGACCCUCCUGGUCCCCAUGGUCCCGGCCCCCAGACCCUCGUAACCCCCCGCCCCGGCCAAGGGGGCUCUGCCUGCUGGGCUGUCCCAGCACGAUGCCAAUAAAGGGUCUGUCCUAGGA